UAAUUUGUGCAGUUCUCAUUGACAAGUCAGGACGAUGGUGAGCUCCCCGCCGGCGCACGGUCGCACACUGAACCAAGCAUGCAAUGUUGCUCUCAUCGAAACAGACACAGAUGGAUAGUCUCGUUCAACCACUUGUUGCCCAGUAUCUCGCUAUGGGCUGCCAAUCCAAAGAAAAUGGACAAAAUGAAAACGUGGGCUCGAAUGGAAAGGAAAAAGAACAUUCACGUCUCUCUCCAGGACCGGGAUGUGGCUCCAGAUCUAAGGUCUGUCCACCAGUGCCUGCCCGGCCUCAGCGGUUCAACAGGCCCAAAUUGGCCCAGAUGACCCAGGGCAAGGUCACAAUGUCUCUGCCAGGACACUUCACAAAGGGGGCCAGCUGGGAGGAGGUGAUCCAGGCCUGUAUCCAGUCCUUUGACAUUGAGGGCUCUGUAUGUGGGAGCAGCCACCUGAUGAACAUCACCCUGACCAUGCACCGACUCCUCAUGUCCUCCAGUGACCUCCUGGAGAAACUCACCUCCCUAUUUAAAAGCGCCGUGGAGAAUGAGCAGUCCACAGAAUGUGAGAGGAUCUGCUACUUCAUCAGGUAUUGGAUCCAGGAGUUCUGGACAAUGUUCCGGUUGCACAGCAGCCUGUCUGACUCCAUGGAACAGUUCCAGGAUCUGAUCAGAGAUCAGGGCCAGGAGAGGCUGUGCCCUCUGUUGCAGACUCAAUGGAUAAAUGACAGGCACUGGUCUCAGAAGCCCAGUCAGAAAAUCAAGGCUAACAGCAGUAAGAAGAGGAAAGUGUCUCUGCUGUUUGAUCACCUGGAGCCCAUCGAACUGGCUGAGCACCUCACCUACCUGGAGUUCAAGUCCUUCUGUAGAAUAUCAUUUGCAGACUACCAGAACUACAUCCGCAGUUGCUGCAUGAAGGACAACCCCAUGAUGGAACGUUCCAUUACGUUGUGUAAUGGUAUCUCACAGUGGGUGCAGCUCAUGGUUCUGAGUCGGCCUACAGCUCAGCUGAGAGCAGAGGUUUUCACCAAGUUCAUCCAUGUGGCUCAGAGCCUCCAUCUUAUGCACAACUUCAACACACUAAUGGCUGUGGUGGGGGGCCUGUGCCACAGCUCCAUCUCCAGACUUAAAGAGACCAGUUCACAUGUAUCCCACGAGGUCACCAAGGUGCUGAAUGAGAUGACAGACCUCCUGUCCUCCUGUAGGAACUAUGACAACUACCGUCAGGCGUACAGCAGGUGUGCAGGCUUUAAGAUCCCCAUCCUGGGGGUCCAUCUCAAGGACCUGAUCUCAGUCAACGAGGCAAUGUCAGACUAUGUAGAGGACUACAAGGUGAAUGUUCAGAAGCUCCAGGCUUUGUACAACCACAUCAACGAGCUGAUCCAGCUACAGCAGAUCACCCCACAGCUCGAUGCCAACAAAGACCUGGUCCACCUUCUCACGCUGUCCCUGGACCUCUACUACACAGAGGAUGAGAUUUAUGAGCUGUCUUACACCAGGGAGCCCAAGAACAGCAAAGCACCCCCAGCCACCCCCUCUAGACCUCCAGUGGUUGUGAACUGGGCUUCAGGAGUGCCCCCAAAACCUGACCCAAAAACCAUCAGCAAACAUGUGCAACGAAUGGUGGAUUCCGUGUUUAAGAACUAUGACCAUGAUGAGAAUGGCUUCAUCUCUCAAGGGGACUUUGAGAAAAUUGCUGCUAGCUUUCCAUUCUCCUUCUGUGUCAUGGACAAAGAGAAGGAAGGCCUCAUCAGCAGAGAGGAGAUCACAGCCUAUUUCAUGCGUGCUAGUGUCAUCUGUUCCAAACUGGGUCUUGGCUUUGUCCACAACUUUCAGGAGACCACCUACAUGAAGCCCACAUUCUGUGACAACUGCUCCGGAUUUUUGUGGGGCGUCAUAAAACAAGGCUACAGAUGCAGAGACUGUGGUAUGAACUGCCAUAGGCUCUGUAAGGAUCAGGUGGCGUUUGAGUGUAAGAAGAAUGCCAAAGGCAGUAGCACCUCUGAAGGUCCGCUAACACCAGGCUCCACACCCGGCACUACAGGUGGGCCGGAAGGCUCAGAAGAGGGGCCUUUCCCGUACCCCUCAGAGGAAUGUAGGGACUGGAGCCUUGACUCACCGACCCCCUCCCAUCUGAGGCUCCCCCCUGAGCUGGCCAUUCCUGUGGGGGUCCACCGCAGCACCCAGACAGAGGGCCCCCACGCCCCUGCCCCCCCUCCAGAGCCUAGUCGGCUGCAGCCAGUACAGUCCUCUCUCCUGGCCCCUGUACCCUCCUCUCUCUUGGCCCCCGUACCCCCCUCCCUCACCCCAUGCCCCAGCCCGGUGCCCCAACGCAAACAACGGGCCUACGCCAAGUGGGAGAACAGAGCUUCUACAGUGCUACAGCCCAGGGAGCCGGACGAAGACAACAAACCCACCUAUGAUACUCUGGAAACGGAGAACCAGAAGCUUCAGAAGAACAACGAGACGCUGCGUAAGAAGCUGAGGGAGACGCAGCGCGAGGUAGAGAUCCUGCAGACACUCCUAAAGAGGCAUGCCCUUCACUCCGUGGUGGAGGACUCCUCCUCCUCCUCCUAGCCAGGAACGCCCCUCAGCCAGUCAGACACACCCACUCUAUGACAUCACAAGUGAUGCUCAGCCAUCUGUCUCCAGAGCCAUUGACAGUACUGUAUGUCUUGGAGGACCCUAGUGCCACACAGUCGAGAAGAUACACAGAGGGACCUAAACUUCCCUGUGAGGAGACGCUGUUACUCACAGUAUGGUACAUACAGCCAGUCUUAGUUGCAGCCAAUCACUGCCAAAACGGGGUUAUGAGGCAAAACCAAUGAAAGUACCAUCCUGGAUAGGACACAGACAAUCAAAGUACAGUACCAGCCAUCAUGGAACAUAGCCAAAACAUAUCCAAUCAGUGUGCCAUCGGCUUUGGGACUCUGACAAUCAGAAAACCACACAGUAUGGCAGAAAGGCCAGGAAACUGGAGAAGUUAAUUCUGGUGUACUGUGUAGUUAUUGUCCUGCCUUAGGUAAUAACAAGGUUGCAUAUUGCAUACAACAUGUAAAUCCACGUGAUUUUAAUGUUACUGUCCAUAUUUAUUGUUAAAACACUACAAACUCAGAGUUAAUGUCAAUCAUUGAGGAAAAGAUAAGCAGAGUUCCAUUUUUUUUAUACAGGUAGAUAUAGACAAAUAGUUGUUUUUAUGUAUGUGUAAGACAUUUUAUCGAAAGAAUACAUUCAACCACAGUUUUAUCAUGUAUAUUUCAUCAGCUCAGUGUUGUCCAUAGUAGCAAUUAACAUAAUAUUAGAUGUUUCACCAAUGACAUACCAUGUAAAUACCCUAAGCGCAUGAUAUAUUGUGGUGCCAACGUACCAGUAUUUCUCUCAAGAUGUCCUCUCUCAGUAUUGCUGUCAUAAUGAAUGUUAUAAUAAAGACAUAUUCUCUAUUAGU